AUGUCAAAAAAACGAACAAUCGAUGCCUUUUUUGACAGGACCCCGAAGCGACCGAAACAGGAAGCUGAUGAUGCUGAUGGAUCGGCACCGAUCGAGGAGCCACCAGGAACCUCACGGCACUCGCAUUAUCCAUUCGAAAUCGCAUAUCUGCCAGCCGUCGUGACGAGAGCACUUGCCUCACUCCCAGCGAGUCCAGGAAAGGCCAUCAACCAUCAGCCCGAUCUAGAUCUGCUGUACUUUGAGCCCUAUAUCCCGAGAGAUAUGGCGAAAUCGUUGUUCCAUUUCCUGCGCGCAGAGCUUCCGUUCUACAGAGUCGAGUAUGACAUUAAGCGAGGAGGCGUUCAGACUCACAUCCGCACACCAAGCAGAUGGACCACUGUUUUUGGCUUGGAUGACACGUCGUGCUUUGACGAGAAUGGGCGUGUCAUGGACAAAACGACAGGCACGGAGGCAGCGGACAGGCGGUAUGACAAAUACCCCCCUCGGCCGAUACCUAGAUGUCUCGACGACCUACGAAAGCGCACCGAAGCAGUGACGGACGGAAAAUUCAACUUUUGCCUCGUAAACUACUACGCCUCGGGGUUGGACAGCAUCUCCUUCCACAGCGACGACGAGCGCUUCCUCGGUAGAGAUCCCAUCAUUGCAUCCUUCUCGCUCGGAGCGCCACGUGACUUUCUGCUCAAGCACAAACCGCCUGUGCCGCCGGCGGGAGGCCAACUCGCGGCGCCUCCGUCGGCGGCCAAGCCACUCAAGUACUCCCUCCGAAGCGGCGACAUGAUCCUCAUGCGUGGUCGCACCCAGACUCACUGGCUGCAUUCAGUACCGAAAAGGACAGGAAGGAACGAGUACGAUGGUGGGAGAAUCAACAUCACGUUUCGGCGGGCCAUGACAAAGGAUGGAACAGAAAACUAUUACAACUAUAACGUCGGCUGCGGCCCGGCGUAUCGCUGGAACGAGCAAAGCUCAGAGAUGGUCGCCUGGAAGCCAUGA